UGAUGCAUUGAAACGACUAAAAUAUUCCUUAGAUCAGGGUUCAGGAUGUUUCAUUAGUGUAACCGGCAUCGAUUCCCGGGACGGAGCACGACUUGGCGCGGGGGUGGAGCGCGCGCUGUGCUGCAUGAGCACGCGGUGAGAGUUUCUAUACAGCAGUACUCAGACAGCUCUUACACUAUUACCUUCACCUGCAAGUUGCAACAUACUCAUAAUCAUUUCCGGCGACGCUUACCACACUGAUGUGGACAGAUCAUCAUGUAUCUAGCAACACCGUUUACCUGACCCUGAGCUACAUCAUUCAACAGAGUCCAUACUACUGUACACUAGGACAUGAACUCCUUGGAGUGGCCCACGUUUUCCCCAAACUCCUCUUUGAAUCACACAGACCACAGCAAAGAGGCCAGCAAGCACAAGUUGAGUGAGUCAUCGGCCUGCGAGCAGGUGCACAUCGUACCAGAGGUCUUUCUCAUGCUGGGCCUCAUCAGCCUGCUCGAGAACAUCCUGGUCGUCCUCGCCAUCGUUAAGAACAAGAACCUCCACUCACCCAUGUACUUCUUUGUCUGCAGCCUUGCAGUUGCCGACAUGUUGGUAAGUGUAUCCAAUGCAUGGGAGACAAUAGUGAUCCAUCUGCUGGCCAACAGGAGUUUGGUGAUAGAAGAUCACUUAAUUCGUCAGAUGGAUAAUGUCUUUGACUCUCUCAUCUGUAUCUCAGUGGUGGCAUCUAUGUGCAGCCUCUUAGCAAUUGCAGUGGAUCGCUAUGUGACUAUCUUCUACGCUCUGCGCUACCAUAAUAUAAUGACUGUACGGCGAGCAGAAAUUAUCAUCAGCAGCAUUUGGACCUUCUCUACAAUUUGUGGGAUCAUCUUCAUCACCUAUUCCGACACUAAGCCUGUAGUGGUGUGCCUGGUGGCCAUGUUCUUUGCCAUGCUUCUCAUGAUGGCGUCACUUUACAGCCACAUGUUCCUGCUGGCACGCUCACAUGUCAAACGCAUGGCGGUGUUGCCGGGAUACAACGGCAACAUCAGGCAGAGAGCAAGCAUGAAGGGGGCCAUCACUCUCACUAUUCUACUGGGCAUCUUCAUCGUGUGCUGGGCGCCAUUUUUUCUCCAUCUCAUCCUCAUGAUCUCCUGCCCAAGGAACAUUUAUUGUGUCUGCUUUAUGUCACACUUUAACAUGUACCUAAUACUCAUCAUGUGUAACUCUGUGAUUGACCCACUAAUCUAUGCUCUCAGGAGCCAAGAGAUGAGAAAGACCUUUAAGGAGAUCAUCUGCUGUGAUGGACUACGCAGUCUCUGCUGCCUGGUCAGCAAUUAUUGAGCAAGGUUCCUGGAAAGCCCUAACAAGAUGGAAUGUUGGAUGAAUGUGUGUGUAGAUGAAUGGAUGUGUGCAUAAUGAGGGAAGGUGGGGGGUUGGUCAAGGAAAGGGGAGUCUCUGUUUAUACUGUAAAAAAUAUUUUUCUUAAUCAGUACUUUUUCUUGUUUUCCAGUAAAAAUAUCUAAGAUUCUUAAAACAAGUUAAAUUUGCUUGAGAUGCGUAAUUGUGAAAAAAAGUUGUAAAAAUAUAAAUGUAGACAAUAAUUGUUUGCUGUGUAGGAACAACAAUCUUGUACUCACUUUUCAGACAUACCUCUUAUAACCUUUUAUUUUGAAUGCGUUUUCUGUGUAAGAGUAAAGUUGUUGUGUAGAUGUAAAACAUUAAAUUGAAAUGUCUAUUGUGGCAUUAUAAUGUGUAUUAAAAUAAUUUGUUGCUUGGGGCUGCUGUCAGGUCAGUGCAACUGUGAUAUUUUGUGCACAAAACAGGUUAAAAUGUUUAUAUAUAAAGAUACAUUGUGGUUGCAGUUUUUUUUUAUUAACAUUAAACCUGUGGACUGAGAACAGAAACACAUACUGGAAGCAGAUUUAGACAGUGAUCAAAAAUACAUAUAUAUACAAUAUUGUAAUAUAAUAUAAUAAGGUAAACAUAAUGUAUUUAUUUAGUAAAAAAGUCCAUAAUUUGCGCUAGACUUCAUUUUAUGAGUAGAAUCAACAAGGAAGUGUUUAUAAGUUUAAUUAAAGAGUAUUUUUUAUCUCCUUUGAAAUGUAGCCAAA